AUGCAGAAUAUUAUUAUUUACGCUUUUGUUACUUUGUACUGCUGUAAAGUAUCACUAUCAUCCAUUGAGAUUAGUCCUUGUGCCAAGUGGAAUCCAGAUGGCAUUACAACAGCAGGUACUGGCACUAUUGGUGAUGGGCCAACCCAAUUGACAACACCUAAAGGAAUUUUUUUGUUAAAAAGAACAAACGAAUUGUAUGUCGCUGAUUUUGGAAACCAGCGAGUGCAAAAGUUUUCAUUAAAUUCACCAUCAAGUCCAGCUACGACUGUUGCAUUUGGUAUCAAUGCUCCUUCAAAAAUUUAUGUUGAUGAUGAUAAAGAUGAACCAACAAUUUAUAUUUCAGUUUUUAUUGGAAAUCGAGUUGAAAAAUGGUUGAAAGGGGCAUUAGAAGGUAUUCAAUUAGGUGGCGAAUGUCGAUCAUGUUUUGGGAUAACAGUAGAUGAAGAAAACAAUGUUUAUAUGUCAGAAUCAGAUAGACAUCGUGUAGUAAAAUGGUCACCUCAGACGAAUUUGACUACAGUCGUCGCUGGUCAAACGGAUGAGGGAGGAACAGAUGAUAAAUAUCUUAGUAAACCUGAUGGACUUUAUUUUGAUCGAAGUAGUAAUGCUUUGUAUGUAGCUGAUUCAGGUAACAGCAGAAUUCAAAAAUGGGAAAAAAAUGCUUUAUCAGGCAUACAAGUCGCUGGAGGAAAUCUAACUGGUGAAGAUGCUGGAUCUUUAGAUGCACCCAAUGGAGUCUGGGUCGAUGAAAAAACAAAAGUUGUCCAUAUCGCUGAUGAAGACAACCAUCGAAUCGUUCGUUGGCUUCCAGGUGCAUCUAUUGGUGAUAUCAUUGCCGGUGGACAAGGUAUGAGUCAGAGAACUUCACAUUUUCGAAAAAAAAGAAAACGAAUUUAA